UUAUAACGAAAAGGGGAGAUUAUUAAUAAAUUUUUUUAUACAAAAUGGAAGAUAUUAAAACAAGUUUAGAUAAAAUAUUGGCCAAAUUCAAUGAUUCCGUUUCACAUUCGGCACCGAAAAAAUUAACAUUCGAACAUUUGAGUGAUUCCUUCAAUGAUUCGGGUACAAUUCCCAAAAAGAGACGAUUGUCGCAGAGUUUUGAAGAUAAUGGCUUGAAUAUCAGUCUCAACAAUAGCAAUAUAUCGUUGAAUAGCAGUGCCGCUCCACCACCCAGUCCGUGGGAGACCAGGCGAAUGAAGGCAGAUUUAAUUGAGGCUAGGACAAGGAUUUCAAAACUCAAGCAGGAAGUGGAUCGUUUGCACAAAUUGCGCCAGGAGUCGGAGACUAUAUACGAAAGUCGUGUUACCGAACUAAAAAAGCAAUGUGAAUUCUCUUCCAAUAAAAUCCAAGAUUUGGAAAAACAUAUGCAGUUGCUAAGAAAACGUGAACAUGCAGCCAAACAAGAUCUGAUCAAGGCUCAAAGUGAGUUGCAGCAACAAAAGCAUGGCUAUGAGGAGGUGAUUAUUAAAUUGCAGCGGGCCAAGCAUGAGGUGGAGGAAAAUGCGCGCUUGGUUCAGAACAGUAUGGCCAAUGAAUUGGGUGAAUACAAGAGACAUGCGGAGAAAAUUGAAUUGGAAUUGGAGCUAAGCUGCGAUGAAUUGGAGUCCCUUAGAAGUCAAAUGGAUGACUUGAAAUCCAAGGCCUCCUGUUAUGAUGAUCUGAAGUUGGACCAUGAAAAAGUCAACCAGGAAUUGGAAAAUGCCAAUCAACGUAUCAAGGAAUUGGAAUUUGAAAUUGCUUCGUAUAAUGAUUGGAAAGAAAUUACGAAGAACUCCCAAGAUCGCUUGCUUAGCAUUCCCAAUAUGGACAAAGAAUUGGAGCGAUUACGAUCCAACAAUAAACACCUACAAGACUUAUUGGGCAAUAAAUUACUUUUGGAGGAGCAAGUUUAUGAUUUGCGGUCCCGUCUCGAGCGAGAAGAAGGUGCUCGCUCUGAAGUUGUAGCCCUGCAAGUCCAGCUAAAACAUGCCCAAGAAGAAGUUAAGGAAUGGGUAAAGGUGGCCCAAGAUCAUUGCUCACCAAAUACGCUAGUCAGUCCAUUGGCAUUGCGAGCUCGCAUUGAAGAACUCCUUCAACAUGAUGUCCUUAUGGCAAGUGAAAAAAAUACCAAGGCUUCUGAAUCGAAAACAAUGGAAUCUGAACUCUUGGAUUACAAACAAAAAUGUGAAAUCUAUUCGAAAAAUAUGGAAGAAUUGAAUGUGGCUCUCAAACGUCAUAAGGCCUUUAAGGAUCGUGUGCAAAAGAAACUCUUAUUGGUCUCCAAGGAACGGGAUUGUUAUAAACAACUAUUGGAGAACUUUGAAAAAGACCUAACCAUUUCCAAUCCCACUGCACCAGAUCUAUCUUCCACAGAGAAUCAAUUGAAGACACGUAUUGAAAUGUUAGAGAAGACCUUAGUGGGUUACAAGGAUAUGUGUGCCAGUUUGGAGAAAGAAUUAAAUUCUGCCAAAUCGCUACCAAAUUCCGAACAGACUGGUGAUCAAAGUAGUGUUAACAUGAGUGUGGAUGCCAAUGCCUCUGGUUAUGAACAUUUCAAAAAGGAAUUGGAUACUCUGCGCAUGGAAAAUGAACGUUUGAGAAGACGCAAAGAGGAAUUAGAGUUGGAAUUGGAACAUCGUUGUCUCAAAGGUGAUUUCAAUAUGGACAAAUAUAAGGUGGUCCAUAUGAGAAUGAAUCCAGCCAAUGAGGCCUAUGAAAAUGCCGAUAAUUUAAUUGAAAAAUUACAGGCGGAGAUUGAACGUUUAAAACGCAAAAACAAAAAACUCGAAGAAGACAAUGAAGUCACUCAGGCCCGUCUCAAUGAAACCAGCAACAUGACGAUGAAUUUCAAGGAAAUAAAUCAGCUGCGCGGUGAACUCGAGUCAAUGAAUUCCAAAAUGAAGAAAAUGAAGGAAUGCUACAAAACAGCCAGCAUGGAGUUCCGUGAAGUUGUUUACAUGCUAUUUGGCUAUCGUAUUGACAGAGUGGGAUCCAAUACAAAUUACAAAAUCUCCAGCAUGUAUGCCGAAGAUCCAGAUCAUUACUUAAAUUUCCGUUUAAAUGAAUCCAAUAUGUUGGAUAUGCUGGAGACACCAUACUCAGCAACGCUUAAGUCACUGAUUGAAACCCAGCUGGUGGGCAAUAAAUCGCUGCCCGCCUUUUUAAGUGCAUUAACAUUGGAUCUAUUUCAAAAGGCAACAAUAACAAUGUCUUAAUA